AUGGCAUCUUCUUCGACGAACGUCGGGGCACCCUCAAGCUCCCGUGGACGAAGACUGUCAUGGCCCCCCGAGCCCAUACCACCGUUCAGUGUUGGAUAUCUCAGCCGUAAAGCUUUGCCCAUCAAGCGUAAUGACGCAGAGAUGCUAACCCGCGAGGAUAUUCAAUAUAAUCUCCUCGAGCACAUAUUCUCAGACACAAGCGCAGUCUUUACGCCGCCACCGUCCUCCAAGUCGGACGCAACAAGACAGGGACCAUUGUCCAAGAUUUCUUUCAAAGAAUUAUAUACCAAUACCUUGUAUAAUUCACCCAAGUGUUCCAAAGUCGUCAAGGAGAAGAUGGUCGAAACUCCUGCUUUUGCAGUCGAGCUGGCCAAAAUAUCCCUUCUCACCAAUGUGGGCAGGAUCAACACUACCAUGGCUUUCUUUCCCGAGAUGAAGACUGCGUUGCGGACCUAUCAUCCCGUACCAUCGCUUCAGAAGACUGAUGGAAACGCCCAGGACGCUCCUCGAAUCAAGAAUUGUCUAAAGGCUGCCCUACUGCCACAUGAACUCCCCGUGCCUCCCUCAUCACCUGAAGAGGUCUUGGAAAGAUUGGUGAGUCUCUUCGUCAGGUUUCCGGUACUCUCGUGUCUGGAACUACCGCAGAGGGCAGGACAGCGCCCUCCUACAAGCGUCGUGAAUCUAGUCUUUGUCCUUUCCAAUCAUACCGCACCGCUGGCAGCAAGACAUUUUGAUGGCACUUUCAACUUUCUAGAUCUCUUCAUACCCAAGCACCUGUCCUCUUCAGACCGUGCACGGACGUUUUUAUGGUUAAUGUAUCAUUACUUAGAGUCCUCGGAGGGCACGAACCCUUUCGACGAUAACCACUCUCGCGAAAAUCCACCCAAGGCCCCAUUCCUUCGAACCCUCAGUGCUGCAGAGAUGGCUACAGAGAACGUCGAUACGCGAGAAGAGAUAGAGUGGGGAAAGAAGAUGUCAGGGCAGCGGAAUAUCUUUCUGCGAAGACUCGUUUCGACCCUGGAAACUGACAAGAAAAAUAAGGCAACUGCACCUCAUUUUGUUCCAGCGACCCCUCACUCAUCAACGACGUCGACGGGUCGUGCCCACCACCAACGAAGAGGGUCGAGCUCCACGAAGGAGGAAACCCCCUUUAUGUAUUAUGUUCCAGGGCAGGAACAAAACCCACCUAUCGCCUCGACGAGUUCCUCCGUUCGGCGGCACGCUACACGCUCUCAGCCCGAGGAGAUAUCAAUAUCUCGUACAAUACAACCAGAACCGAUCAUUCGUCCACGCUCACAUACCGCGGUUCUGCAAUCGCGCCCUUUACGCCGGUACUUCUAUCCCACGGGUCGAGAGAGAACAAUGAUACGUCGUAAGAAAAAGUUCCGCAGACGAGUUCCGAGCGUUGAAUUGAAAUCUCUCGGUUAUGAAGAACCGGAUGAGCAUGUUCGCGCAGAUUACGCCCGUCGCCUUGAUGUGUUAAAUCGACUGCGGCAAAAGACCCCUACUCCGGAGCCUGCCGAGUCUGGCGACCAGAUGAGGGAUCAUCGACAUUGGCAAGGACACGGGCUUCCGAGAGGCUGA